CGCAAACAUGGCGUCCUCCGCCUCCGCUGGGACUCCGGCGGGGAAACGGGUGGUGAAUCAGGAAGAACUGAGGCGGUUGAUGAGGGAGAAGCAGCGCCUGAGCACCAACCGGAAGAGGAUAGAAUCCCCGUUCGCCAAGUACAACCGUCUGGGGCAGUUGAGCUGCGCACUUUGUAACACUCCGGUCAAGAGCGAGCUCCUGUGGCAAACCCACGUUCUGGGAAAGCAGCACCGGGAGAGAGUAGCCGAGCUGAAAGGCGCCAAGGGAGCAACCCAAGGCCCGUCGGCCAGCGCAGCGCCUCAGCCCAUCAAGAGGAGAGCGACGGAUGUGGAGAGCCAAGACACCAAGAGAGCCAAAGCCUCCGUGGGACCUCAGGUACAGCCCUCCACCUCGGCCUCGUCUGCCAACUUUGAGAAAUCGGGAAAGGAGGCCGCUAGGGCAACGUCCAGUAAACCUUCUGGACUCGGUUUACUCCCUGAUUAUGAAGAUGAGGAAGAGGAGGAGGAAGAAGAGGGGGGUGGAGAAGGAAGGAGGGACAGCAGCAAGCAUUUUACAGAUGCACAGGGCAAAGACAAAGAACACUCGCUUGUCCCUCCGAGGGAGACAACAAGCAAUGUGCUGCCAAACGACCCCUUUAAUACAAACCCUCCCAAGGCCCCCUUAGUUCCUCAUUCAGGUUCCAUUGAGAAAGCAGAAAUACACGAAAAAGUGGUGGAAAGGAGAGAGAACACCGCCGAAGCAUUACCAGAAGGGUUCUUCGACGACCCUGAGGUAGACGCAAAGGUCCGGAAGGUUGAUGCCCCAAAAGAUCAGAUGGACAAAGAGUGGGACGAGUUUCAAAAGGCCAUGAGACAAGUCAACACUAUUUCCGAAGCUAUCGUUGCCGAAGAGGAUGAGGAGGGACGGUUGGACCGGCAGAUUGGAGAGAUUGAUGAGCAGAUAGAGUGCUACCGUCGAGUGGAAAAGCUGCGGAAUCGCCAGGAUGAGAUAAAAAACAAACUUAAAGAGGUUCUGACCAUAAAAGAAUUGCAGAAAAAGGAAGAAGAGAAUGUGGACAGUGAUGACGAGGGAGAAUUACAGGAUUUGCUGUCUCAGGAUUGGCGGGUGAAAGGGGCUUUGCUGUAAGGUUUUGAAGAUCCAAGUUCUCCAUCAUUCCCGGCUGCCCCGUAAAAAAGUGCUGUGUCCUAGUACUUGGGUUACUCGGUCCUUGGGUACCCUGAGUUGUUGAGAGAAAAUAAGCCACCAGACAGUAAUACUUUGGGGAAGGUACUGUGGUGCUAUUUAUUAUAAAAUAUUCGAGGUAAAACAGUUUGUGACAUUUUUGAAAUUAUAACCGCAAAUUGCCAACUUUUUCGUGUUUACAGGCAUAAUGUUGAUUUUUCAGUUGUAAAAUCUUAAAUUGUAAAUACUGUACGUAGCAAAGUAUAUAUUUACAUAAAGUCACUGUUUGAAACUUAUAAAUAGAAAUCAGACAAAAAAGACACACGUUUAUAUGACCUCGAUGUACGUAUAUAUUUUUGAGCCUUAAACUCCAAGGGUUGGGACUUUGGGGAGGUUAUUUUUAAAAGGCUACUCAUAAACAUAUAUAUUUUUCUUAAAUCGGUGAAUGAGUAUUUUGUUUUCAAAAACAUACUUUGUAGCCAGGCGGUGGUGGCGCAUGCCUUUAAUCCCAGCACUCGGGAGGCAGAGGCAGGCGGAUCUCUGUGAGUUCAAGACCAGCCUGGUCUACAAGAGCUAGUUCCAGGACAGGCUCCAAAAUCACAGAGAAACCCUGUCUCGAAAAACCAAAAAAAAAAAAAAAAAAAAAAAUUGUGAGACCACUGAGAAAAACAUGUCACAGAUGCCCAGCCUCCUUAAGCCAACAUUUCUUUUGAUAAGACCGGUGAUUGUGAAGUGUAGGUCUGUAUCACCUGUGAAACUUCUGAUUAUGCGUGGACUGUUGAAUUACCUAUGAAACUUUAGUGUGAACCUUAGCCUUAGAUUCCAUAAAUGGGGUUUAGAUGACAGUAUUCUCGAAUGUUCCCAGGUUAUUCUAAUAUAUUCCCAGGUUGGAGAGCAGCUGCCCUAUGUCCAAAUCUGUUUCUCUAUUUUCUCAGGAUUUGUUUUCCUCCAACAUGGUCUGUAAAUUUGCUGUACGCCCUGCCCCCGGUGGUGCUAGGCACCCUAUCCAAGGCCAUGGGAACGCUAGGUUUGUACCUUUUAUUUCUACCCCGUUGAGUCUGAAGCUUGAUUUUUGUGGUAAAUUAGGCUUGUGUUUACAGGUUCUUUCAAUUGUAGGAAGACGUUUACGUUGCUUAGGAACGCAGUGACUACAGUUGCCUUACACUAGCUGUUGAUAGUUUAAAGUACUCCUCACUUUGGAGGGCAAGAUGUUCAAAAGGAAAAUAAAUAGCAGUGUUUAAUAUACAGCGUGUUCAAAUUUAAUAAUAGCUAAGACAUACUGUUCUAAGUAUAAGCCAGACAGGACCCCAAGUACUUUACAUAUGGUAACCCAUUCUAGUUCCGACUCUAUAGGGGGAAGCACCAAGGAAAAGGGUCUGGAAAGCCUUGAGAACUGGAUGUGGUGACUCACACCCGAUACCCUCAGCUUUCGGGAAGCUGCAGGAGUUGGCUGAAUUUUGGGAACAGCCGGACUACAUGACUAA